AUGUCGUCCAUGCGAGGCUUGGUUCAGUUCAUUGCUGAUUUGCGUAACGCGCGCGCUAGGGAACUUGAGGAGAAGCGCGUCAAUAAGGAGCUGGCCAAUAUUCGGCAGAAGUUUAAGUCGGGGAAUCUGAAUGGUUAUCAGAAGAAGAAAUACGUCUGCAAGUUGCUGUACGUGUAUAUUCAGGGCUAUGAUGUGGACUUUGGACAUCUCGAGGCUGUGAAUCUCAUCUCCUCCUCCAAGUACUCGGAGAAGCAGAUUGGUUACUUGGCGGUCACAUUGUUCUUGCAUGAAGAGCAUGAGCUGCUUCACCUGGUUGUGAACAGCAUUCGAAAGGACUUGCUUGAUCAUCAUGAAUUGAACAAUUGCUUGGCUCUGCAUGCCGUGGCUAAUGUCGGUGGUAAAGAGCUGGGCGAGGCGUUAGGAUCGGAGGUCCACAGGCUUUUGAUCUCACCUACUUCCAAAGCUUUCGUGAAGAAGAAGGCUGCUCUUACCCUCCUGCGACUCUACCGCAAAUACCCCGGCAUUGUACGAAACGAAUGGGCGGAGAGAAUUAUAUCAAUUAUGGAUGACCCCGACAUGGGUGUUACUCUGUCCGUGACCUCAUUGGUUAUGGCGCUUGCCCAGGACCUGCCAGAGGAAUACAAGGGCUGUUACGUCAAGGCCGCGCAGCGAUUAAGGAGGAUCGUGGUGGAGAACGAUGUCGCCCCAGAUUAUCUCUACUACCGCGUUCCCUGUCCGUGGAUACAGGUCAAGUUCUUGCGCUUGCUGCAAUACUAUCCCCCAUCAGAGGACAGCCACGUCCGUGAGAUCAUCAGAGAGUCGCUCUCUCAGAUGAUGCAAGCUGCAAUGGAAACACCCAAGAACGUCCAGCAGAAUAAUGCUCAAAACGCAAUUCUCUUUGAAGCCAUCAACCUCCUCAUCCAUCUUGAUUCUGAGCAUACUCUCAUGCUGCAAAUCUCCGCUCGCCUGGGCAAAUAUAUCCAGUCCCGCGAAACCAACGUUCGAUACCUUGGCUUAGACGCGUUGACUCAUUUCGCCGCUCGCGCUGAAACCCUGGACCCCAUCAAGAAGCACCAGAACAUCAUCCUGGGCUCCCUUAGAGACCGUGAUAUCAGUGUCCGACGAAAGGGAUUGGAUCUUCUUUACAGCAUGUGUGACACGAGCAAUGCUGGACCGAUUGUCAACGAGCUUCUCCGAUAUCUCCAAACUGCCGACUAUGCCAUCCGGGAAGAGAUGGUGCUGAAGGUCGCUAUUCUCACAGAAAAAUACGCCGCCGAUGCAGGGUGGUACAUCGACAUGACUCUCAAACUUCUGUCACUGGCUGGUGAACACGUUAAUGAAGAAGUGUGGCAGCGAGUGAUCCAAAUUGUCACCAACAACGAAGAAUUGCAGGCGUAUGCAGCGCACACUCUUUUGGGCUAUAUGAAGACAGAUUGUCACGAAAGCUUGGUGAAGAUUGGAUGCUAUGUUCUGGGCGAGUUCGGCCACCUUAUUGCUGAAAGCCAGGGUUCCUCUCCUAUUGAGCAAUUCCUCGCCCUGCAAGCCAAGAUGUUCUCCAGUUCCGACAACGCACGGGCGAUGAUUCUAUCCUCCUUCAUCAAAUUCGUCAACUUGUUCCCCGAAAUCAAACCUCAGCUGCUUCAAAUCUUCCGCCUGUACAGUCACUCACCCGAUUCCGAACUACAGCAGCGAGCAUUCGAGUACCUGUCGCUAGCAACACUCCCCACGGACGACUUGCUUCGAACCGUCUGCGACGAGAUGCCGCCAUUUUCUGAACGAGCCUCUAUUUUACUGUCACGACUGCACCAGAAGACAGCCGGUGCCAGCGAGAAGAAGACCUGGGUCAUCGGUGGCAAAGAUGCCAAUGCAGACAAGCAAGAAAUGCUCUUGGCCCAGAACACUGGUCUCAAGCGCACAUUUACAACCAUUGUGCAGGGAACGCGCACCGGUGCCCAGAAUACCCCCGCCAGUCCUUCUUCCAACGGACCCAGUGCAUCAGGCGACUUGGCCGGUCUGGAUUUCAGCGGGCCCUCCGGCCCAGCCCCCAACAUGGCCAGUGCCGCUCAUCUUACCCCCGAAUGGGACAUCGGAUACAACCGUCUCUUCUUCACACGCGAAGGCGUGCUCUUCGAAGACGCACAGAUCCAAGUCGGACUGCGCUCAGAGUACCGUGGUCCCAUGGGUGUCGUCAAGCUAUACAUCACAAACAAGUCCACCUACCCGAUCGGAUCCCUCACAACCACAGUCGACAACCCAGCCUCCCCCCAGCUCAAGAUCGACACCAAGAACUUGCCCGAUUCAACAGUUCCCGCUUCUGGACAAACGCAGCUGACUCUCUUCUGCACCGCCCACGGGCCCUUCCUCAACGCUCCCACCAUCCGUAUCUCUUACCUGGCGGGUGCCCUGCAGGCCUAUACACUGCAGCUCCCCGUCCUGAUGCACCGAUACAUGGAAUCAUCGGCGCUCUCGGCAGAAGAAUUCUUCAAGCGCUGGCGCCAGAUCGGCGGCGAGCCACUGGAGGCACAGAAGACCUUCGGAUUGUCUGGUAAGAACAAGACCAUGAACGACAGCUUCACGCGCAGAAUCGUCGAAGGCUUCGCAUUCAAGAUUCUGGAGGGCGUGGAUCCAAACGCCCACAACCUCGUUGGCUGUGCCGUGUUCCAAUUCGAGGGUGGUAAGACUGGUUGUCUGCUUCGACUGGAACCUAACUAUGAGAAGUCGAUGUACCGUGUUACUAUCCGGGCGACUCAAGAAAACGUCCCACAGGCACUGGUGAGACAGAUGGAGCAGAAACUGGCGCAGGGCAUGCGAGCAGACGAGUAG